CGGCGGGAGCGGACCCCUCCGGGAGCGAGGCCGCCGUCGCGCGCGCCCCAGCCCGCCCUCCCCGGCGGCGCCCGCUUUCCUUCCCCGGAGGACGCCGACUGAGGCUUCAUUGAUGCACCCGUUCCAGUGGUGUAACGGGUGUUUCUGUGGCCUGGGGCUAGUUAGCACCAACAAGUCCUGCUCGAUGCCACCCAUCAGUUUCCAAGACCUCCCGCUCAACAUCUACAUGGUCAUCUUCGGCACCGGCAUUUUUGUCUUCAUGCUCAGCCUCAUCUUCUGCUGUUAUUUCAUCAGCAAGCUCCGGAACCAGGCACAGAGCGAACGAUACGGCUAUAAGGAGGUGGUUCUGAAGGGCGAUGCGAAGAAGUUACAGCUCUAUGGGCAAACCUGUGCCGUCUGUCUGGAAGACUUCAAGGGGAAGGACGAGCUGGGUGUGCUUCCGUGCCAACAUGCCUUUCACCGCAAGUGUCUGGUGAAGUGGCUGGAAGUUCGCUGUGUCUGCCCCAUGUGCAACAAGCCCAUUGCGGGUCCUACGGAGACCACCCAGAGCAUCGGGAUCCUGUUGGAUGAGCUGGUGUGAGGCGUCUGGGCAGCGCCUCCCCACGCACGCCUUGGCUUUUGCUGCAAUGCACAGAACCAUUGGGUGGAGGCGUCGGGCUUACCGGGAGGGCGCUGGGCUUUCUCCCACAGGGCGAGACCCGGGCCUGGUUCGCCGACUCCUGCGACUCAGCCAAACCCAGUGCUGCACUGCCAGCUGCCUCAGCUCCGCUCAGGGAAGGAGUCCACCUUGGUCUGCCCCAUGGACACGGCAUCCUCUUCAGGAAUCCCCCGAAGAGGACAAGAUGGACUCGCCCGGAAGGGAUGAGCGGGCUCUGCCCCACCACUCCUUCACCCCACUUCCUUAGAAAGGAAAGGUCAGAGAGCGAGGGCCCGGAGCCUAGGAGAGUCUGCAGAGAACAGGUGGAGUGAGGACCUUCCUGAGGACAAAGUCAAUGUUUACAAGGGACCUAGCAGAACCAGGAUGGCCGGGAGCGGCUUACUGCAGGGAUGGGGAAAUCCUUCUUCUGCUAGGAUCUGACUGAGGUGCUAUCCACUCUCCCCUCCGUCUCAGCGCUUCCUGUUUCGUGGUUGGGGUUUGAGAACCCCUGUUAGGAAGGGCUUGUUGUCUUAGGCUCCACCGGUGCCCAGGGGCCUGGGGCGAGGUGACUUGGUUGCAGGAAGAACAGAAGCCUGCCUUCCCCUUUGUAAAUAGUAUUUUUAUACUUCAUCCUCAACAUCUCAGGCUUUUCAGAUUGGAACAUACACCCUCCCCCCUCACAGAACUGUGGGAAUGGGAGUCUUCUCUCCAGAGUGGGAGAGGAUGGGAGAAUGUUAUGUAUUUAAAGAAAAUUAAAUUUAAUAACAGG